AUGUUUGGCUCCAUCGUAUCCACAUUGAAGGUAGCUUUUAUUAGGCAGCAAGCUAUGGCUUCGCCAAUGAUGCAAGUCAGAAAUAAAAUGAAAUCUCACAAGGGUGCUGUAAAGCGUUUUAUCAUCACUGGUACAGGAAUAAAGAGAAAAUCUGCGAGCAGAAACCACGGUAACGGUGGUUGGAGUCAAAGAACUUUGGGAGGAUUAGACGGAUUUUCUAAAGUUACCACCAAGGGGGGUCAUCUCGCAAAGUUGACGAAAAAACAAUUAGCCACACGCAUAUAA